GCAACUGAAUGUGAGGAGCCAAUAGGCGAGACUGGUAGAAAUGGGUGAGCAACGGCUGAGCGGCCAAUCAGGUGUCGCGAAAACGGAGCACCGAUAUUUGUAUUUUUGUCCACGAGCUGGUUCUCCUCUUGAAGAUGGUGGACGCGCUGUCAGUGGUGAGUCAGCUGCGGGAUCUGGCGUCGGAACCGCAGAAUCGUGCGGCGAUAGUCCAGGAUCAAGGCUGUCUGCCCGGACUGGUUCUCUUCCUCGACCACCAGAACAGCGAGGUUCUGUUCGCAACUCUUCAGACCCUGCGUUACUUGGCUGAGUUGCCUCCCAACAUCCCCACCAUGAAUAAUGAACUGGGAAUGAUGGUGAGCCUGGAGAAUCUUAUGGGAAGAGACAGCCUGUCUGUUGACAUCACAGCCUUGGCUCAGGAGGUGUAUGACAUUCUGUGUACACCAGCUAAACCAGUAGCUCGCACACCUGAGCGGGAGCGGAGAAAGAAACCGCAGUUUUUUAUCAACUCCUCCAAUAAGAAGGCAAAGUCGGUCACUCUGCACAUUCAAGGACUGGAUAGCACAGACCAGCGAGGUUUGUGUGAAGAGGCUCUUCUGAAGGUCAGGGGAGUGAUCAGCUUCACAUUCCAGAUGGCUUCAAAGAGAUGCACUGUCCGAAUCCGCUCUGAUCUUUCUACUGAGAGUCUGGCUUCAGCCAUCGCUGCCACUAAGGUGUUGUCGGCCCAGCAGGUGGUGAAGAAUGAAACAGGAGAAGAGGUUUUGAUCCCUCUGAGCACAUCUGGGGUGAAGGUACAGCAGAACUCGGCGUUGCCAGACUACCUCCCCGAGGAAGAGGAGAGCCCAGAGAAGGGGGUCGACCGAGCAAUUUCCCGUACGUCGGCUAAGGAAGAUGCAAGCGGGAGCUGGCUCAACACUGCUGCCAGUUUCCUCACGAAAACCUUCUACUGGUGAAACUUGAGCUAAAGACUGCUCUCUGCUGCUGUUUGAGUGAGCACGCCACAGGAACACAUCCUGACUUUGUGUGCAUAGUCAAAACUUCAUAGACUUGACAUCAGUUCCUGUGAAUAACUUAAAAUAUCAAUAUUCUCAAAAGCACUUGAGAUUUUUAUUGACUAUAGUCUAUUCUACUUUGAACUGAAUGAGACAAAUGUUAAUCUGUGGCGUUUACUUUUCUCAAGUGUAAAUAUUUGUCUUCCCUCUUAUUUUCUCUUUCUGUGUGUAAAAAUGUUUUAAGUCUUUGCUAAUUGUA